GACGAUUAUUACUCGAGCUAGCUUUGCUUUGUUUGUGGCUGGGCCAAGAAACUGUUUUUCCGAUCCGCUGAAUGAAAAUGAAAACAAUAGCAGGGGUAGCUAGGGCAGUAGGGGCCUAGGGCAGGUAAAUCUGCUGAUAUGAUCAUGUUGAGGCGGCUAUGUUCUCAUCGCUCCCUGACUGGUCUGAGUGUGAUCAGUACAGGCAGCCUCGUACCCUGUCAUAAAAUUCAGAAACGUUCCUGUGGGGAUUUCCACAGCCCAUCAGGUGUGUUGCCCCACGCUAGUGCCCGUGUUCUACCUGGAUUUGUCAGCGAAGCAGAGGAAGAAUCGCUGGUGCAGGAAUGCUCCAAGUACGUGGAUCACCUGGACUAUCAGUAUGAUCAUUGGGACGGGGUGAUCCGGGGAUACAGAGAAACGGAGAAGUCUCGCUGGUCGCCAGAAAACAGUGCCGUAGUGGAGCGGAUGCGAAGAGCAGCAUUUGGCAAUGAUGUCACCAUUCGGCCGCGUGUUCAUGUUCUGGACCUGUCUGCAGAUGGGUACAUCAUGCCACAUGUUGAUUCCGUCAAGUUCUGUGGAGACACGAUAGCGGGUUUGAGUUUGCUGUCGGACUGUGUUAUGCGCUUCAAGCAUGAAAAGGAGCCAGAGAAGAUGGUCGAUGUCUUCCUGCCGCGUCUCUCAUUGUAUGUGAUUACUGGUGAUGCCCGCUACUUGUACACACACGAGGUUCUGAAGGCGGAGGAAUCGGUUUUCCGCGGCACACCUGUGCAGCGUGGCCGGCGGAUGUCCUUCAUUUGUCGCCAGCCGGUUGCAAGACCAGCGAAUCAGCAAACUGUUCUACCUAAUCUUAAUAGUGCCUUUGACGCAGAGAACAAACCUGUUUAUAGCUAACAGGAAGUUUCUUCAAAUUUGUUAUUCUCAGAGACAAUAAAACUACAUCUCUCACAUAUUCAGCACACAUACUUGAAUUUUCUUGUAGUAUCCUAUUGAGGCAAGUUUCGAUCAGUUUUGUUGGAAUAGUUUGCCUAAAUACACUAGCGGCUAGUGCAACUAUUUCCUAUAUACAGUGUACUGUAGUCACUAUCUUCUUGCGGGGGGGGGGGGGGGUAGUUGUAUUAUAAGUUUAUAACCCUCAUGUCUAUCACUCGGUCCGGACCUUAUUUCUAAAAAUUUGACCCACCCAAUUCAUGCUUUUCCUGCCGACUUUGAUUGCUUGACUUACCAGAUUAUGAUGAGAAGGAUUACAAUGUACAUCAUCAGCUGUGCACAUGCACGGUGCCGCGGGUGUGUAUAUUUCUGUGGCCCUAAAGACUUUUACUAAA